UUAUAAUAAAAAAAUGGUCAAACAAUGCUAUCUAUUAGUCACUUUAUUGGUGAUUGUCCUUAGUCAGAAUUAUGGAACGGUUCUGAUUCAAAAUGAAGGAGGAGGAUAAAUUCAAUCAAAAGUAAUUCAUAUAAUAAAUUUAAGGAAAUACUCUUCUAAUAACCUUUUUAGUAAAUUCCUUAAGUGGCCAUUGCACUUCUUAAUGGUCAAGGUGAUAUAUUUGCAGAAAUUCAUGAGGUUAAUUAAGAAGGUACAUAAGUAUCUAUUAAAAAUAAGGAUUCACAUUAUAAGUGAUGGCAUCCGAUGAGAUUGAGGCAUAAUUUGCCUAUUUAGCUAUAGAUAAUGAUGAGAACUAUUAAAUAGAAUGUUUUAAUCGUGUAGCUAUUGGAAAUGAGAUACAAAUUCCUAUAAUCAUUUAGAGACCAACUUUUAUUAGUGUUUUAGCCACCAAUACUCAUGCUAAUAAUUUCAAUAUUGGUAAUAAUUGAUUUAAUUGGUGAAGAUUUACUUGAUGGUAAUCUAAUUGUUGAUAAUGAUGGAUAAAUGAAUAUGUGCAUAAUAAUCACAAAUGAAGAGUAACCAAUUGAUUUGGUAGGUUAUCAGAACUACUAGUAAUAAGAAGUAGCGGAAUUCCAUCCAUUUAAGAAGUAAAAUGCCAUGUAAUUAUUAAAUUAUUAAUUCAGCUUAGGAGCUUAGUAUAAGCACAGUAAUCCCUAGAAAUUACACAUUUAGAUUAACAAAAGUCUUUUGAAAUUUGGCAUCAUUAAUCUAUUGAAAUUGUUAAAGAUUCUUCAAUUGAAGUAUAUCCUACUCAUCGAUCAUUGGAAAUUGUGAGUGAUGAUUAACCUAAUCAAGUAGAAUUCAAACAAAACGAAUCCUUAGAAAUAUUUAAAUUAGAAAAUUAAGAUUUACAAUCGAAUUCUGAUUAAAAACUAAUUGCUGAAGAUAUUCAUUUAGAAAAUAUUGAUGAAAAUCUACAAUCUUAAAAUAAUUAAAUAGAAGAUAUUAAAUUUAAUGAUCAUUCUAAUUUCGAUAACCAAAAUUAAUAGUAAAUAACUGUAGCUCCAUCUGAUUAAUUAGAAGAUAUUAAAUUAGAUCUUGAAUCUACAUAAGAAAAUUAAUAAUCUGAAACUAUUUCUCUUGAUGAUUCAUAAUAACUAUAAGUUGAUGAUUAAUAAGUGUAACAAUAAAUUGAGGAUUCUUAAUAACUAUAAGUUGAUGAUUAAUAACAACAACAAAGUGAUGAUUCAUAAUAAUAAUAAUAAGUUGAGGAUUCAUAAUAAUAAUAACAAGUUGAGGAUUCAUAAGAAUAAUAAUAAGUUAAGGAUUCAUAAUAAUAAUAAUAAAUUGAGGAUUCAUAAUAAUAAUAAUAAAUUGAGGAUUCAUAAUAAUUAGUUGAGGAUUCAUAAUAAUAAUAAUAAGUUGAGGAUUCAUAAUAAAAAGAAAACAAUUAACAAUAAUAGUUUGAAGAUGUAAAAAUAGUAACUGAAGAACCUAUAGAUAAUCAAAAUUUACAAGAAAUUAAAUUGACAACAGAUGAAGUUUAAAUUAUAGAACCUAAAAAUGAUUCAAUUUAAAAUUAAGAACAAUAAAAUAAUUAAUAAAAUUAAGAUGAAUCUAAUUAGAUUUUGUAAUCUAACUCAGAAACUAAUAAUAAUGAUUAAGUACUCUAAUAAGAAGAUAUUGCAUUUGAUAAUUAAGAAAAUAAUAUCGUAAAUUAAGAGGAAGAACCAAAAUAAGAGAUCUAAAUUGAAGAUAUUAAAUUGGAUAAUACAGAGAUAUCAUCUAUGAAUGCUGAUGAUAUUCCUUAAUAAUAAGAUGCAAAAGAAAUCCUUCAUGAUUAAUUAUCAAUUGCAUCAGAAGAGAAAUAAGUUGAGGAUACUUCAUCAACCGAGGAUGUUGUUAUUCAUGCAGAUGAAGUAAAAAUAGAAAAUGUGAAGAUUUCUGAAGCAAAUUUGGAUGAGAUAAGCAUAGAAUAAUAAGAUAAUAUCUAGUAGGUUUAAGAGGAUAUUUAGGAGAGUAAUAAUGAUAUAAAUGAAUAAAGCGAAGUUAUUUCAGUUGAUCCUGAGGCUUUUUCAGAACCAUAAUAAAAAGUAACUUAAAUUAAUGACGAGGAUCUUCUUAAAUAAGAAUAAGAUAUUGAUGAAAUGAUCAGAGUUGCUUAAGAGUUGAGAGAAGAAGCUAAACAAUUAAAAAAUAAAAAUAGAAGUGAACAAUAAUUAGAAAAAUUAGAUAUAAUGGAAAAGGCAAAUGAUUUAGAGAAGGAAGUUGGAGAACUUGAAAAUAAAAGUGAAGAACCUUAGGUUGUAGAAGAUUAAAUAAGUUUAGAUGUAAAUUCUGCUUAUGAGGAUUAGAAGGAAGUUUAAAUAGAAUAACCAAAGGAAGAAUAACAACCACCUAUUAUAUAUUUAAAUGAUGAAGGAAUGAAUCCAGAAUAGUAAUUAAUUAUUUAGGAAAUUAAAAAUGAUGAUAAUAACCUUAUGGUAAACUAAUUAUAAGAUGAAGUUGAUAAAGAAUUGUAAUCAUAAGAGUAAUAGAUUGAAAAUACAUCAUAAAUUGGAGAAGAAGACAUAUAAAUUAUUGAUGCAUCCAUUAAAUUAGAUGAAGAUCAUUAAGAAAUUGAAGUUUAUGAAUCUGGUCAAGUAGAAGCCAUUCCUGAUUAAGUUUAACCAUAAAUUGAAGAAGUCUAACAAAUUGAGUAACCUCAAGAAUACGUGGAAUAAGAACCUUAAGAAGAUGUUGUUUAAGAAUAAGAAUCUACAAAAGAAGAAGGUGGUAUUGUUUAAGAAUAAGAGUUUAUAAAUAAAGAAGGUGAUAUUGUUUAAGAAUAAGAAAGUACAAAAGAAGAAGAGGCUAUUGAAAUUGGAUUGACAACAGAUGAAGGAGAAGCUUAUAUUAGAAAACCUAAGAAAUCUGAUUUCUUAAGGGAAAAACAAAGAUUAAAGGAUAAAUUAAAUAAUGUUAUUCGAGAUUUUAAAUUAGAUUCUGUGUCAACUGAAUCUUUAGAUACAGUGGCUGAAGGAGAGAAACAAUAUUCAUUGAUUAUUGAUAGAUUAGAUGUUCCUGAAAAUAAUGAUUAAGUUAUUGUAUUGAAGGAUGAAGAUUAUGAAUAAAAUUAUGUUGAACCAGAACCAAUAUAAGAAGUCAAAUAACUUGGAGAUUAUUUGGAAGCAGUAGAACCAAAUAUAGAAAAUAUUAAUUUUAUUUAUGAUGAUGAAUAAUAAUAGGAAUAAUAAAAUAUUUAAAUUGAAGAUAUUAAAUUACAUGAUGAUACUAAUGAAGAAACUAAUUAUAAAAUUGUAGAAGCUAAAGAUGACGAUUUUGUAGAAUCUACAUUAGAAUAUGUCGAUGAUACACAAUAAUAAUAAUUAUUAUCAAGUGAAGUUGCUGUUUCUGCUGAAGAAACAUCUGUUAUACAAGAUGACAAUUAGAAUAAAGAAGAUAUUAAUGUCUCUUUUGAUGAAUUCUAAUAAGAACUUGAAGCUUUGGCUAAUACUAUUGGAAACAUCAAAUAAGAAAAUGUGGAUACUAUGAAAACUAGUGAUUAUAUCAUUGUUAAUGAUAAUAGUUAAAUCUAUGAAGCCACUUAUGAUGAAUAAAGUAAUGAAUAACCAAUAGAAGAUGAACCUUAAAUUGAAGAGAAUUAAGAAUAAUACUAUCAAGGAAUUGAAGAUGAUUAAAAUACUUCAAUGGAAAUAGAAUAAUCAGAAAAUCUAGAUCAAGAAUAAUAAGAACUUUAAUAACCAAAUGAAGAUCCAGAACUUGAGUAAUAGGAUAUUGAAUAACCAUAAUUGUCUGAAGAUUAAUUUUUAGUUGAUGAAUAAUAAUCUGAAGAUGCAACUUAAUAAGUUCAAAGAUAUGAUGAUGCUGAGCCUCAAGAGUAAUAUCUGACUAUUGAUAAUCUUGUUAAAGAUAGCUCAGUUGAUACUGGGGAAUCUUAUUAAUAGCCACCAUAAUAUUAUGAUGAAUCUGAUAAUCAAUCAUGUGAAGAAGAUUAAUAAAAUAAAGUUGAAAACACAUUUUAAUAAGAUUAUGAUGUUUCUGAAUAAUAAUAAUAAGCUUAACAAUAUCAAAAUAAUUAUUAGUAAUAACAAGAAUAAUAAGAAUAGGAAUAAGAUUUUGUUGUAAUGAAAGCAAAUUAAUUUAUUCCUUAAUAAACUGAAAAACAAGCAUAACUAGAAUAACAACUUUCUGAUAACCAAAAAGAAGAAGAUAUCUAUUCAGAAACUCCUAAAAACGAAAAUGAAAUUGAUAUUAUAAUAGAUGUUGCUAAUGAACAAUAGGAUUAAUCUCAAUAAAAUGAAUAAGAUUAUGAUUAUGAAGAUAAUUUUGAAGUUUAAUAGCCAGUAUAAAAGUAAGUUGAAUCAUAAUCAUAAUAAAAAUAGGAUAUCUAAUAAUAAUAACAAUAAUUAUAAUAAGAUUCAAAAUCUACUAAAAAUAAUAAAUAAAAAAUUUAACAUUCAAUUACUAUAUCUCACAAUCCUUAAUAAAGUAAUAGUAAAUAAACCGAUAGAUCUAUUUAAAUAUAGCAUGAAGAAAAAUCUCUAAAAAUUGAACAUUAACUUAAUGAAGAGGAAUUAAAAAAAAAUAUAAAGGAAUAGUUAAAAUAAGAACUAAAAGAAGAAUUAAAAUAAGAAAUAAAAUAGGAAAUAUAAGAAUCUCAUAAUAGAAGAAAAUCUGCAAGUCUUGUUAUAGAGGAUAAUGUUGCUAAAGAUCCCGAAAGACCUGCUUAGAAAGCAAUAAACAAUUUUAAUAAUUUAUUACAUGAUGUAGUAGAUGAAACAUUAAAGGAAGAAGAUAGAAAGCACUAUUAAAAAUUACCAAUUGUAGAUUUAAAGAAAGAGUCGUUCAAUAAAGUAGAGCCAAAAAUGGAAUAAGGAAUUGAAGAUUUAAAGAAAGCUUUAGGAUUAAAAGGAGGAGUAGAAGUUAUUGAUAAUAAUGGUAAAAAACAAGUUAUUAAUGUUGAGGAUCUUAAAAAAGAAAGUGAAAAAUUACUAACCAAUCCAGAAAAAGAAAAUAAAAAUGAUAGUCCUUAAUAUGAAGAAUUUUUAAGAAAAGUUACAGAAAAAUAACAAAAAAAUAAUAAUGAGGCAUAGAUUAAUUAUGAAGAAUAGCAUAAUUUGAGAAAAUAAGAAAUUUUGGAGAACAUAAAGAGAGAAUUAGAAAUAAAGAAAGGUCACUUCACAAUACCAAAUGAUUCACCUUAAGGUAUAUAUGGAAAUAUAUUUUUAGCUGAAUUAUCACCUUAUGAAUUUGAGAGAGUUUAUCUAGAUUGGGAAAAGAAUAAAUAAGAUAUAAUCCCAAGUAUACUUUAACAUUCUAUCGAACAACCUAAUACUUAAGAAAUUCAUUCUAAUUAAGAAAUAGUAUAGUAGAAGUCAAUUGAGAGAGUCUCCAGAAAAGAAGAAGUUGAUAAAGAAGUUUAAGAGUUACUUUAUGGAAACUAAAAGAAUAGAAAACAAUAAUCAAAAUAAUCCUUAAAAGGUAUAAUUUAGAUUAAAAUUUAAAGAAUUUAAAGUUGAAGAUUUGAAAUAUAUAAAGGAUGAUCCACUUUUAGAUUCUACUUUCAGUGGAUUUGUAUAAGUAAAAGCAAAUUUAAGAAGGAGAUAACAUUGAUUAAUAUAAGUUUAUAAAUUAACAGAAUAUAAU